AUGGCUACCGAAAACCAGAUGGAAUAUGUCACCCUCGGCAAGUCCGGCCUCAAGAUCUCAAAGGUCAUUCUGGGGACCAUGUCAUACGGGACUAGCAAAUGGCAGGACUGGGUUCUCGAUGAAGACAAAGCACUCCCACUGAUCGAGUACGCUUACAAACGGGGUAUCAACACCUGGGAUACCGCAGACAUCUACUCCCACGGCCGGUCCGAAGAAGUCAUCGGCAAAGCGCUGAAAACAUACAACAUCCCGCGCCACCGCGUCGUCAUAAUGACAAAGUGCUUCUACGGCGUCGACGACGAAGGCAAGCUCCCGCCCAUCGCAGCCUGCACCCAGAACACAGGGAGCAUGGUGAACCGCGUGGGCCUGAGCCGGAAGCACAUCCUCGACGCAGUCGACGCAUCCAUCGCCCGACUGGGCACGUACAUCGACGUCCUCCAGAUCCACCGGCUGGACCGCGACACGCCCCGCGAGGAGAUCAUGAAGGCGCUCAACGACGUGGUCGAGUCUGGCAAGGUCCGGUAUAUCGGGGCCUCCACGAUGGCGGCGUGGGAGUUCCAGGCGUUGAACAACGUUGCCAAGGCGAACGGGUGGCACACUUUCAUCUCCAUGCAGAACUACCAUAACCUGAUUAGCCGGGAAGAAGAGCGCGAGAUGAUUCCGUACUGUCUUGACGCGGGGAUCGGGUUGAUCCCGUGGAGUCCCAUGGCACGGGGCCUGCUUACGCGGCCGUGGAAGAGCGCGCCGACGCUGCGCGAGAGUACGGACGGGGCGCUGAACUUCCUCCUGCGCAACCGGGAGACCGAGGCCGAUAAGCGGAUUGUGGACCGGGUGCAGGAGGUUGCGGAGAAGAAGGGCGUUAGUAUGGCGCAGGUGGCGAUUGCGUGGUCGCUUGGGAACCCGAGCGAGAAUCCGAUUCUGGGGCUCAGUAGUAAGGAGCGGAUUGAUGAGGCGGUUGCUGCGGUGCAUGUUAAGUUGACCGAGGAGGAGAGGAAUUACCUGGAGGAGCCUUAUGUGCCGAAGACCUUGUCGCCGUUGGAGAAGUAA